UAGCCUGAUAAGAUAUCUACUGUCAGUUUGUGGGAGUGAACUAAGCAAAAGCCCAUAGCCCAAGAUAUUAAAAAAUGAAAGUGGAGCUGGGCAGGACACAUCCUACAAAAGCUAACUACCAAUGUUGCAAGGCAGGCACUUGAUUGGAAUCCACAAGGAAAGAGGAAAGUGGGCAGGCCCAAGCAAGCCUGGAAGAGGUUGGUCAUCAGCAAAACUGAGGAUGCUGGAAUGACAUGGGAGCAGAUGAAGCUGCUCAAAACAGAGUUCAGUGGAGAGUUGAGUUUGUGGCCCUAUGCUUCCCUUAGGGUUCACAAGAAUAAAUCUAGUCAAGAAUUCCUGGCAGAUGCCAAAAGAGUCUUUCAGACCUUAAAAAGCUCUUACAUCCUCUUAUACCAAACAAGGCAAGACAGUACUUAUAAACCUCAACAAGAAAAUUGUUCUUCAAUUGAUCCAAGUGCAAUUAGACUUAGAGGGAAAUGAAAAAGAUAGAGAUUGAAAAUGCCACCAGAGAGUCAUUGAACACCACAAUACAGUCACAAGAAGAUAAAAUCAAACAUCUUGAAAAAUCAAUAGUUGAAGACUAUGUUUUGAAAGUAGCUUAUGAAUCUUUACAGAAAGAGUUAAAGGAAAACUAUAUUCAUAAAGACAGAUAUGAAAAUGUACAGAAAUUAUUACAGACUGAACAAAACAAGCAUGGUGAGACUCAAGCCAAGUUACAAGAAGUUCUUGAAAAAUUCAAUGGUUGUCUAUUGGAUAUUGAAAAAUUGGAAUUUGAGUUGGCAGAAAAAAAUAUGACAUUUACUCAGGCAUAUGGAAAGUUAGAGAUGGAGCUGUCAGAGGCUCAAGCUAAAAUUAAUAAUUAUGAACAACUUGUUCAAGAAAUGACAACUUUAUGUGAAAGGCAAAGAACUUUUAUACAGCAAAAAGAAAAUCAGUGUCUUGAAUUAGAGAGAAAGAACAGCCAAACACAGCUACAGUUUGAAAAGAAAGUCAGAGACUCAGAAGUGGAAAAGCAGCAGGAUGCAUACAUGAACAAAAUAUUUAAUUGUGUUGACAGGAAACGAAAAACUUGAACAUUGGUCUAGGGCAUCUUUUAUCUGUUGUGUAAAUAGUUUUUUUUAGAAUUUGUUUACAUGAUUUAUUUCCUCACAUACUUUGCAUGCAAAUGUUGCUCUAAAUUUGUUAACAGACAUUUGUUGAUAAGAUAUUUACAAUAAUAAUUAUUAAAAGUAACUUUGUCUUUA